UUGGUUGGUGACCACCGUGCCGUCAGGACGUGCUCCGGUGUAAACAACAUGACAGGCCGGCGACGUGCUGCGUCCGGCGAUCGCCCUGCCGCGAAGAAGUCCAAGUCGCAGGAUCCAAAUCUAGUUUGGAUUAUCUGCUAUCCACGAACAUUAGAAGCUCCUGGUGCAGUCAGUGCAAGCGAAAGGGUCGACUUAGACCGACUGCGGCAAGAAAUAGACUCUAGUGUUCGUAAACACGUGUUGUCAAUUGACAUAGUGACCGCAGACUUACCAGUAGUGAGUGCGUCGUUGGUGUGUGAAGAGUCAAAGUGUUCUCGAGCCAUCAACGCCCUUCAUCACGCUUUCGCCAAGGCAGCGGAAGCAGUAGGAUGUAGUUGGGGUGUGAGCGACUUCAUGUCACUAAAGUACCCUCUCCCCCCUUCCCUCGCCCCCCGACAGUGUGCUCCAGUGCUUCAGUGGUACAAAGUCAGUGCCCCCCCACUGGAAGAUUGGGUUUUGGAACAUGAGCUUCGGAAGCUCAUGGGUCCAGUGAGCGGCGUCAUGUUCGCCCGAGCCGAUUCCUCGCACACCAUCCUGGCCCUCAUACCGCCGCAAAGUGCGGCUGACCUCUCAACUCAGGGCCUGACCCUAGUGCAGGAGGGCAUAAAUAGGGUACAAUAUUGCCUCCCAGCGGUAGUGGAGGCCAUAGAGGAGGCCCCUGUCAUCGCCCCACCUGCUUGGAGUGGCCCCAUCAACAUUCCACGUGGUCUAACCGAGUCGGCAUCCAAAACAACCCAGACCGACCCGCUGCCCCCCACCCCACCCCCCUCUGUGCAUAAACAACAACAGCCCGAACCCCAGCCGCGACCGCGUCGGCCUCGCCGCCGCCGUCGCCCCAUAGUGUCAGAAGAGUACCAGCAGUGCUUCAAGUGUCAACAAUAUGGCCAUCGGGCGGACCAGUGUGACCCGGAGGCACAAGUGGUAUGUAGGGUGUGCUCGGAGGCUCACCGAGCCAGUGAAUGCAACCGCAAGGACUCGCCAAAGUGUGCGAACUGCGGCGCAUCCGACCACGGAGCGUCAUCUCGCAGGUGCAGUAGAAGACCCCGGCCUCCCCCCGUGGGCCCCCAACAACCCCGGCCAAGCGCUCCGCGAGUGCGAAGACGCGGCCCGGGCAACAACAUCCAAGGCAACAUCCAACGGCUUCUUAGUCCGUUGGUCCAACUCAUUGCUGCCAUCGGUGCGUUUUCAAAUCCGCACCACCGCAAACCGCCUUACAGGCAAAGAAAACCCCCAGAAGAGUCCUCCUAGGCGACGCGGGCUCUGCCCGCCUCUUGCCUCGGAUACCAACUCUAAGAAGAAAAAGAAGAAGCGGAAAUCCUGGCUAACAUGCCCUAGUGGCGAAGGCCAAACAAAUACUUAGAUUCCCCCCCCCC